UCCAAGGCAUUCAGUGCAAAACCUGGCCAGCAGCCCGAGUGAGUAGGAGCCAUGUGACUCUGGUGAGUUGGAGUGUGCAAUUGCCUCCUGCUUCAGAGCUACCUGAUCCGAAUACUAAGCAGAGCGAGUGCCGGGCUGAGUGUAGGACACUGAAGACACUGCAGAGAAAGGUGCUUAUUCCAGAGGCGUUACAAAACAUGGAGAUUAAAGACCAGGGAGCUCAAAUGGAGCCGCUGCUGCCUACGAGAAAUGAUGAAGAGGCAGUUGUGGAUAGAGGUGGAACUCGUUCUAUUCUCAAAACACACUUUGAGAAAGAAGAUUUAGAAGGUCAUCGGACACUAUUUAUUGGAGUUCAUGUGCCCCUGGGAGGAAGAAAAAGUCAUCGACGUCACAGGCAUCGUGGUCAUAAACACAGAAAGAGAGACAGAGAGAGAGAUUCAGGAUUAGAGGAUGGGAGGGAGUCACCUUCCUUUGUUUAA